AUGGCAUUUCUUAAGGGUUUUUUUGUUUUUUCUAUAUCAUUUAUUUUUGUUCUUCUUAAUGGAAUAAAUUGCAUAGACAUUUAUCAUGAAUGGAUUGUUUCCAUUGACACAACUAUUAAUCCUCUUACAUCUCAUCAGUCUGUUAUCACUAUCAAUGGGAUGUUCCCUGGACCAUUGAUCAAUGCCACAACUAAUGAUGUUGUAAUUGUAAAUGUCUUCAACAACAUAGAUGAACCCUUGCUCAUAACAUGGAAUGGAAUUCAACAGAGGUUAAAUUCAUGGCAAGAUGGAGUUUCUGGUACAAAUUGUGCAAUUGAACCUGGAAAAAAUUGGACAUAUGUGUUUCAAGUUAAAGAUCAAAUAGGCACAUUCACUUACUUUCCUUCAAUAAACUUUCACAAGGUUGCUGGAGGAUAUGGACCUAUACGUGUCAAUAAUCGCAACGUUAUAGCUGUCCCGUUUCCUAAACCAGAAGACGAGUUUGAUCUCCUGAUAGGCGACUGGUUCCAAAUAACAUAUGUUUACGUCCUAGCUGUUUCAUUUCCUAAACCAGAACCUGAGUUUGAUCUUCUGAUUGGUGACUGGUUUCGUACUGAUUACAAGUCUCUUAGAUCCUCUAUACAAGACAAGCAAUCGAAUCAGUUCUUUGAUAUCCCCGAUGCAAUCUUGAUGAAUGGUAAAAGACCUUACGAUGAACUCUCAAGUUCGAAUAAUCACAAGUCUUUUACUGUAACAAAAGGAAUGACUUACAGAUUCAGGAUAUCGAACGUUGGAACUGUCAUGAGUUUUAACUUCAGAAUCCAAAACCACAAAAUGGUUUUGGUUGAGACAGAAGGUUCUUAUACAAAUCAGAUAACACUCGACUCUCUAGACGUGCACGUUGGCCAAUCGUAUUCUGUUCUUGUUACUGCUGAUCAAAAUGAAGCUGAUUAUUACAUUGUAGCAACUCCGAAAAUGUUCAGAAGUAAUGAAACUCUUGAAGGAAUAGGGAUACUGCACUAUGCCAAUUCUUUAACAACAGUUAGUGGUUCUGUUCCUGAUGGUCCCGAGCCAUUUGAUAUCGCGUUUUCAGUCAAUCAAGCCAAGUCUAUCACGUGGAACUUGACAACAGGAGCUGCAAGGCCUAAUCCACAAGGAACGUUUAAUGUGUCAAACGUGACGUUGGCUCAAACCUUUAUUCUUCAUGGAUCGAAGAGUGAAAUUAAUGGUUGGACGCGAUAUGUAGUCAAUAACGUGUCCUAUUUCACACCCGAUACACCAUUGAAACUCGCGGACAUGUUCGUGAAUGGAUCUGGUGUAUACCAACUAGAUCAAUUUCCUACUCACUCUGUACAUGAUUCUGCUUCUUAUGGAGUCUCUGUUGUCUCUGGAAUCCAUAAAGGGUGGCUAGAAAUCGUCUUCAUAAACGACCUCGAUGUUAUGGAUUCUUGGCAUUUGGAUGGUUUCGGGUUCUAUGUUGUGGGAUUCGGGAAUGGAGAUUGGACACCAGCAGCACGUGAAACAUACAACAUCUUCGAUCCUGUUGUUCGUUCAACUGUUCAAAUUUACCCUGGAAGAUGGACAGCAGUUUAUGUUUUUCUUGACAAUCCUGGAAUGUGGAACUUGAGAUCACAACACUUGAAGAAUUGGUACUUAGGACAACAACUAUUCAUUCGAGUUUUCGAUGAUAACCCUAACCCUGCUAAGGAGAGAAAACCACCUCAAAAUCUUCUUUUAUGUGGGAUGUUUGAGAGUUCUAUUUCACCUGUUCCAAGUCCAGCUCCAGCUCCACAAGAAGGAUGGUGA